GAAAAAAUCGAAGAAAGGAAGCAAAUACGAUGGCGGACACGCCAGUGAAGAAGGAAGAGCAGGAACCAGCCAAAGUGGCGGCUGCCACUGCCCCUCCACCCGAAGUCGCAUCUGAUCCUGAGGAAGAUGAUCUGUCAGACCUGGACGACGUACUGGACGAAUUCGCAAACACAAAGAUCGACUCCAAAGCCCCAGCAGCACCCACAGCCAAAGCACAAGAUGCGCCCGCAUCAGCACCUUCCGCGUCCGGACCAGGCAGGCCAGAAGACAUGUCCCCUGGCGCACUCCUAGUGGAAGACGAAGACGCCUUCGCCAAGCAACUUCAGAAAGAGAUGGAGCAGCUCCUUGGUCAGGGCGACUUUGGCAAGCAAUUCGAGGAUAUCAUGAAGGAGAUGAGCCUGGAGACUGGUGCAAAUCCCCUAGCCGCAGACCCGCCAUCAUCCUCGUCAAAAGAGGGCAAAGGAAAAGCAGAAUCGUCAGAAAGCGCUGCAAAAGCUGAGAAGAACUUCCAAGAAACCAUCAAAAAGACCAUGGAGCGCAUGCAGAACUCUGGCGAUGCUGCCGGGGCUGCCGCUGCUUCAUCUAGCCAAGACGACAUGUUGGCGCAAAUGCUCGCGUCCAUGGGCGAGGGAGGUUUCGGCGGCGGUGAUGGCGAUGACGAGGACUUUAGCAAGAUAUUGAUGGGUAUGAUGGAGCAGCUGACAAACCGGGAGAUCUUGUACGAGCCGAUGAAGGAGCUCAACGACAAAUUCCCGAAGUGGAUGGAGGCGAACAGCACCAAAGUGGAGGCCGAUGAUCUGAAGCGGUAUCAAGAGCAGCAAGUGUUGGUGAAGGAGAUCACAGAGAGAUUUGAGAGGAAAGGGUAUAGCGACAACAAUGCAGGUGACAGAGAGUAUAUCGUAGAAAGGAUGCAGAAGAUGCAAGCUGCUGGUUCGCCGCCACCCGACCUUGUAGGCGAUAUGAAUGCUGCGCAAGAAGUAUUGCAGGAUAUGGACCAAGGAUGUCCGACUCAGUAGCUACUUCAGACCCAGGUCUGGUACCCCAGAUCUUCCUCAAAUACCCAAUGUACAAAUUCUGUUCUUACA